CCGGCGCAGUGAGUGUCGAGAGAAAGCAAACCCGGCGGCGGGCUUUCCGCAUACAUCCCGAGAUAGGUUAAUUCGCGGCACCGCGGGCGUGUCGUUUUUGAGUGUGCUCCAUUCCCGUACCGCGGAGCGCAGUGUGUGAUAAUAAUUAGCGCCACAACGCGCGUGGAGAUCCUCCUAUUUCCGGAGUUGGUUUCGUUCGUUGGUUUGUUUUUUUUUUUUGUUUGCUGAGUGCCGAGAGGAGUUUUUCACCGGGUGGUUCGGGUGCCCGGCGAUCGCGCGCGGCGGAGACUGUGAAUCCUGGCACAUAAUUACGAGCACCGUUGCGACACCAUCGCGAGGAGAUGAGGCGCUCCAGCCUCCGUGUCGCUCUCGGGAUGCAACCGUUGCUGUUCUGCUGGUGCGUCGUCGCGACGAUCACCAUCGCUCUGGCUGCAUGGCAGGAGAACAUCAGGCCGAAGAUGUUCGUCCAGCUAGGUGCGGAGGAUGUGUUCAGGUUUACGGGAAACGAGACGCACACAGACUACUUUCGGCUGGUGCUGAGGGACGGGAACUACCUCCUAGUCGGCGGAAGAAAUCUCGUCCACAAUCUCAGUCUGACGGAUCUGACGGAGCAGCAGAGGCUGACCUGGUACUCGACGGAGAAGGACGUGAAGAUGUGCGUUGUGAAGGGCACGCUCGAAGAAAAUUGUCAGAACUACAUACGCAUCCUGGUUAAGACCGGAUCGAACACUCUCUUCGUGUGCGCCACCAACGCCUUCAAACCCAUGUGCCGGGAUUACACGGUGCACGCGGGCAACUACACGAUGGUGAAGGAAAAGGGCGGCCAGGCAAAGUGCCCGUACGAUCCGCAGCACAACAGCACUUUCGUCUACGUGGAUGGUGAGCUCUACACCGGCACGGUAACCGAUUUCGCCGGUAUGGAUCCGAUCAUCUAUCGGGAGCCGCUGCAGACCGAGCAGUACGACUCGAUGAGUCUGAACGCACCGAACUUCGUGAGCUCCAUGGCCCACGGAGACUUCGUCUACUUCUUCUUCAGAGAGACUGCUGUAGAAUUCAUCAAUUGCGGCAAGGCCGUGUACUCUCGCGUGGCGCGAGUCUGUAAAUAUGAUAAGGGCGGACCGCAUCAAUUCCGUAACAGGUGGACGUCCUUUCUCAAGUCCCGUCUCAAUUGUUCCGUCACCGGGGACUUUCCGUUUUACUUCAACGAAAUACAAUCGACGACCGAGCUGAUAUCGGGCCAAUACGGCGGCACGUCGGCGCAACUCAUCUACGGAACGUUCACGACGCCCGUGAACAGCAUAAGCGGCUCGGCUGUGUGCGCGUUCUCGCUGCAGAACAUUGCCGACACGUUCGCCGGCAGUUUCAAAGAGAAGAGCGGCCAGUACUCCAACUGGCUACCGGUUCCAGAAUCGAAGGUGCCGGAUCCGCGACCAGGCCAAUGCUCCAAUGAAUCGCGCACACUGCCGGAUCUGACGCUCAACUUCAUCAAAACGCAUUCGAUGAUGGACGAGUCGGUGCCGAGCUUUUUCGGCCAGCCGAUCGUUAUACGCACCAGUUUCCAUUACAGAUUCACUCAGAUCGCUGUGGAUCCUCAAGUGAAAACUAUGGGCGGUAAAACCUAUGACGUUCUCUUCAUCGGCACAGACAACGGCAAGGUGAUCAAAGCUAUCAACGCCGAAUCCGCCGAUUCUCAUCAAAAAGUCAGCCCGGUUGUGAUCGAGGAGAUACAGGCGUUCCCGCCGACGGUUCCGGUUCGCGGUAUCAAGGUCGUUCGCGCAUCGCAAGCGGGUGACGGUCUCGAGGAUGGCCGAUUGGUCGUAAUAUCCGAUAGUCAGGUGCAGGCGUUGAGGCUUCAUCGCUGCCACAGCGACAGGAUAUUGUCCUGCAACGAAUGCGUAGGUCUGCAAGAUCCGUACUGCGCGUGGGACAAGGUCGAGGGCAAGUGCCGGGCUUUGGUUGGACCGGCAGUGACGGACGUAAACAGAUUUCUUCAAAGCGUCGCGACCGGCAUACACGGGAACUGUCCGGCUAGCAAAGGAAUCAACAAGGACGCUAGCAGCGUAGGCGCCAUCUCUUCCAACACGCCCAAGUUCCCGUCAGAUCCGAUGAUACCGAAUAAGGACGGCCAGAUCAACGGCGAGAUCAUCAAUAUUAUGCAGAACGAGGAACAGGAUAAUUCAGGUCCGGAAGUAUUUGCUGCUGAUACACCUCCGCCGCAGUAUCCCGUGGAGACUCUGGUGAUGGCCGUGGUAGCCGGUGCGUUGGCCGCGUUGCUUGUUGGUUUUGUAGCCGGUUAUUUUUGCGGCCGAAAGUGCAAGAAAGACGAGGACGACAAUCUUCCCUAUCCGGACACGGAAUACGAAUACUUCGAGCAACGCCAAAACGUAAACAGUAAUGUCUGUCUGUCAACCUUCAGCAGGUUGGCACCCGAGCCCAAGCUGCUGCCGCAGGAAGAGGUGACCUAUGCGGAACCGGUAUUGGUACCGCAACCGCCAAAACUCCAAUCCCCAAAAGGCACCAUGAGAAAACCACCGCCCACUCCUACAGAGACCCUCUUUCAGUUCCCGGAUGGUUAUGGUUAUCGUGGGGGUCCUCGUGGAGACAAUUUCGGCACCCUGCGCUCGCACCAGGGCGACGCGUAUCGUCGCAACGACGGCUUUGCGACUACGCGCAGUGUAAAGAAGGUUUAUCUCUGAGAAACGAGCGAGGAGGGAGGUGGCCGUCACCGGAGCUUAGGACGGCCAGCGCGCAAUCGUCACAACGCGACAACGACCAGCAGGAGUAGUCGCGCUGUGACGUCCGGGGGACAGUCGAA